AUGGCAUUCGAGUCUAUCCCACUGUCCAGUACGCCCCCGCAACCGACUACCUCGGCGCCAUUGCCGUCUUCUCCCCGGGGAGCGCUCAAUCCACCUUCCGGCAAGGACGGCAAGCGGCGCAGCUGGAAUGGGUUCGGUGCGGCCAAGGGGGACAAAGCGAGCAAGCGGUCUAGCUGGAUCAACGGGUCGUCCUCUUCCGGCGUGAAUGGCGAGUCCACUGGCCCGCCUCUGCCUGUGGCAAAGAAUGGCAGCUCAGAGGCGGUCAUCGCUGAGGAAGCUGGAUCGUCUGCUCCCGGGAACCCCGCCGAGCCUUCCGAAAAGCCCAGAAUACACGCUCCUCCCGCCCAUCCACAUCCCUUCCCCCUCCCCUCCUCAUCCCCCCUCUCUAGCGCCAACAAGCCCCUCCCCGCUCCCGAACCCAUCGCAGGCCCAUCCGGCGGAAUAGGCGCGAAAGGUCUUUCCGCGUUUGAAAAGAUCGUCAAUCAUACUCGACCCUCCCAUCUUCCGCCUAAACCAAAAGACGAAGACGAUACGCAUUAUCAUCAAUGGGAAGCGAUGAUGGCGCAGGCACGUGAUCACGAGAAGGAGCGGCGGAAAGUCCAAGAAGCGAGGAGGAUGGAGAAGGAGAAGAAGCUGGCGGCUGCCACGCCGGUGUGGGAUGCCUUGCUGAAUGAUCCGGGAUUCACCGUGGGGAAGGUCAAAGCGGAUAAGGGGUUGAGAGAGAUGUGGUUUGGCGGGGUGCCGGGGUAUCUGAGAGGGAAGGCGUGGGGUCUGGCUAUUGGCAACCCUCUUGCCUUGUCCAAGGAUGCCUACAAAUCAUACGUCGCUCGAGCCCGGAAAGCGCUUGACUCGGGCCGAUUCCCAGAUGCUAUCCUGGAGCAGAUCGAAUACGAUCUCGACAGGACACUACCCCAGCUCAAGCUGUUUGGGCGGACCUCGCCCAUGCGCGCAGAUCUCCACGAGUUUCUAGCUGCUUGGGUGGUAUACAGAUCUGACGAGGGUCUUGGAUACGCACCAUACGUCUCGCAGAUAGCCGCCAUGCUCCUUCUGCCCUCCCCACCCGCAUCGGCCUUUUUACAACUCUGUAAUCUUCUCUCCCGCCCAUGCCUCCGCGCUUUUGUCACCGAAACGAAGGACGAGAUCGAGGCAUUCUACCGGGUCUUUGAGAAUCUCCAAGCCGACACGUUCCCAAAGAUCUUUGCGAAUUGCAGUAGUCUCGGAUUGAGAUUGCCAGAGGGGUAUUUCAGGAGUAUGUUGGUGGAGCAGGUACCGUUCGAGGCUUGCUGUCGAUUAUGGGAUCAGAUCGUGCUUGAUGGUGACGGAUAUAUCUUCCGCUCGGCAUUGGCCAUCUUUGGCUUUUUAGAACCUAGACUACAUUACCCGGACAAGAACGAGAUCCUCUCGGUCCUUGAAGGUCGCAACAAAGCGACUCUCGCCAUCACCGAGCGCGAGAAACAGCGAGCGCGGCUCAAGGGCGAAGCAUUCGACGAGGAGCUCGAUGGGAAGUUGAGCGUUUUUGGGCUGAAUGAGGAUGCUCUUUUUGAUUGGUUGGCGACGGACGGGUGGAGGGAGUCGAGGUAUGAGCGGCUGGUAGUCAGGGAGAUGCCGGAUUAG